AUGGACGCCAACAUGUAUUCACCCACCCCCUCCUCCCCUUCCCUUUUCAGCACCACCUCAUCCGACCUCCCCCCACUCCUCUCCCCCUACUGGCCAGAACUUGACUCCCCAAACCGCAAUCUAAACCCGCCAUCCAAUCAUCUGCGCCACAACACGCGAAUGAAUACCACCGCUAACACUGCCCAGUGCUCUUCAUCGACUCCAGACGCAGAUCCUACUUCACUGGAGGAAAUCUAUGAUGAGACAAUCUAUGAAUGUGGGAUUUUCAUGGGUGAGGCGUAUGAGGAUGGGGCUGUAGAUAACGUCGACGUUGACGACGGUGUGAAUGUAGAUGUGGAGAUGAACUUAGACAUGGAUGUACAAUUGUACUUCGAUAUAGAUGGGUAUAUCUCACAGACUGCCCAUUCUGAGCUCUACAACUCGACCUCUUCUCCUCAUCCCUACUCUUCCUCCCCUUGCCCUUACAACCAGUCAACCCAGACACCCGCCUCAACGCCUAUCCCAUUUGACGCACCAACCCCCCAUCGUCCACACACCUAUCCCGCCCAUCCCACCACCCUCACCCCCCACCCCCCACCCUCCAACUCCACCCUCCGCUCCCCACCCAGCUCCCUCGCAGCCCUAAACCCCGCUCACACUCACACCGCACACUCGCGCGAUCCGAACCUUGAUUCGGCGGCCUCAGAGUCCACACCAAGUGCGUCUGCGACCGAUGUUGAUGAGCUUGAGCUGGGGUUGUGUGGGUAUACCGGUAUGCCGGAUGAGAAUGGGCAUGGGGAUGUGCGAGAUGAGCUUGAUGAUGGGUAUGCGCAGUGGGUGCAGUUGCAGAUGCAGGGUCGGGUGGAGAAGUGGUUGGAUGGUGUGUAUGAGGAUGGUAGUGAGGAUAAUGAGGUGUGUGGUGGGUGUUUAGCGUGA